AUGCUGCACUGUUCCGAUCUGAAUAGCUGUACGCGAUCCUUCGACCUCUACCAGCAGUGGACCUAUCGGGUGAUGGAGGAGUUCUUCCGCCAGGGCGACAUGGAGAAGGCCCGCGGCAUCGAGGUCAGCGCGAUGUGUGAUCGAGACUCGGUCAGCAUUGACAAGUGCCAGGUCAGUCUUCCUGCGUGGGCUUUCACUUAG